AUGUCAGAACGAGAGUCUUCUAGCAGCCAGGUGGAAGAAUUCUCCGAUCGUCACUCUUCUAUAGUCAACAGAAGGCGGUCUGUUGAGCACCAGCUCCAAGAAUUGGAAGCAAUCUCGCUUCAUAACUCGCUUCCUGAAGGAUUCAAUGCCGAAGAACAGGAGUAUCCACAAGAUGAGAUACCAUUCAACAAGCCCGACAACUUGUUUCUAGUAAAAACACAUAAGUACUUUCCGAUAAUACUAAACAUAACAAACGGUGCUAUCUGGGGAGUGCUCGCAAGAAAAGGACUAAUGCAAUUAACCACCUAUAACGGCUCGUACCUUAGUGGUGUGAUAUGGGCCAACUUUACUGCCUGUAUUGCAAUGGGGAUGGCUGUAGAUAGCUCUAAGGUAUGGGAUAUCUUGUUAGACAAGCAUUCACUGGAAUAUCCUACCAAAGCUUCCAUACCUCUAUAUACUGGUAUAACCACAGGCUUCUGUGGAACGCUUUCGUCAUUUUCCUCGGUGAUGUUGGAAGCUUUUAACAAGUCUGCGGACACGGAAAUCGGAGUGUUCUACCAUUACCCCAACGCUGCCUAUGGAAUAAUGGAGUUCUUUGCUGUGAACAUUGCCCAGUUCGGUUUGUCGAUCACGGGAUUCCAUAUUGGUAGACAUUUUGUGGAGACUUUUGACAAGGAAAUGCCGUCGUUCUCCAGAAGAACCUACAAAACAUUGGAAAAACUCUCCAUGGCAGUAGGUGUGGCAGGAUUAAUUAUUACUAUUGUUUUAUUAGGUGUACAAGAUAAGGGUACCUGGAGGUCGUGGCUAUUUGCCAUAUUCUUUGCUCCAUUUGGAGCAUUGCUCAGAUUUUAUCUCUCCAAGUACCUCAAUGCCAAAGUGAAAGACUUCCCACUAGGAACUUUUUCGGCCAACUUCCUCGGAACGAUUUUUCUUGCUAUUUUCACACUAUUAGGUAGAGGUAAGUUGCCUGGUGGUGGACAGAUCCUGAAACAUACUGUAGGGUGCCACGUCCUUAAUGGGCUCGAUGAUGGCUUCUGUGGCGCUUUGACUACAGUGAGUACAUUUAUUGUAGAGUUAUUUGGUCUCAGAACUCUACACUCCUACAGAUAUGGGGUUGUAUCAAUUUUGGCCAGUUUUGCGCUCAUGCUACUCAUCUUGGGCUCCUACAAUUGGGCCGUGGGGCUUGCAGAUCCUAUUUGCUCGUGA